GACCAACUCCUAGUCCAUCACACCGAUAGCUAAUUAUGGCAGACUUACCCCAGGCCAUUCACCCGGACGUCGUCGACAGACUCAGGCCCGAGUACGUCAAGUUCCACAACGAGCACAUCGCGUCUCGCGUCCCGCCCCACGCGCUCCCCUGGGACUCCAACAUCCGCAACGCCCCCACCGUUCCAGGCGGGUCUCCGGUCCAGAAGGUGGGCAGCGUGAGGGAUAUCCCACUCCAAAACCACAAGAUACGCGUCUUUACGCCCUCGGGAACUCCGCCUGAAAAGGGCUGGCCGGUGUACAUUGAUAUCCACGGCGGUGGCUGGACGCUGGGCAGCAUCGAUACCCAGAACGCGUUUGCUUCGCGUCAAUGUAAUGAGCACAAGUGCCUCGCGAUCAGCGUAGACUAUCGUCUCGCUCCUGAGCAUCCAUAUCCGGCCGCGGUUGAAGACGCGGUCGCGACUCUCAAAUGGGUGCACGAGCAUGGCAAGGCAGAGCUCAGUGCAGACGUCAACAGAAUUGCCGUCGGUGGUUCCUCAAGCGGGGGGAAUCUGGCCGCACUCCUUGCGCUGAAGGGACCUCAGAUGAACCCACCGAUACCAGUCAUCUUCCAGGUUCUUAUGGUCCCAGUGACCGACAACACUGCAACGGUCGAGGGCCCCUAUCCCUCGUGGAAAGAGUGUCAGAACACUGUGUGGUUGAACCUGGACCGGAUGAACUGGUUCCAGAACUACUACUUUCCGAAUAAGGAGGAUCGCGCCAAGUGGGAAGCCUCACCCAUGUUCGCGCCGGACGAGAUGCUCGCCAAAGUCGCGCCUGCGCACAUCGCGGUCAAUGAGCUCGACAUUCUCCGCGACGAGGGCAUCGCGUACGGCGAGAAGCUGCGGAGGCUCGGGGUGCCUGUCGAGAUCAAGGUGCACAAGGGUGUCCCGCACCAGAUUAUGGCUAUGGAUGGCGUGCUCGAUUGUGCCAAAGAGGUUGCGGACGACAUAACGAGGGCGCUCGGAGAAGCAUUUAAGAAAUAUUAGAUAGUGUAAAAGCUUUGUAUGAUAUCAAUAGAUCCUUCAAGACAGUUUGGUUAUCUCGGCCGAAAGACGUUCCCGGAUAGGAGUUGACCCUGGUCCUGUGUACGAUAGCAGUGCAUAAGUUCCUUUCGACAGGUGACCGGGGUUGACGGCCAAGCUAUUGUCGACCGGCUUAGAGAAAUGUCUCAGCUUGCUGGGCAGGAUAAGUACAUCCGGCGCAGGUUCGUCCUCAGUGGAAAUAAGCUUGAUUCCAUCAGAAUGCGUGAUGUCGAGGUUGACCUCAUGAGAUAGGUCAAGUGGCGCCGGGAACAAAGGAUAGAAACUUCUCUGCUGAAGAAGGUGUCGGCUCAACAUGGUCAUUCCAUCGUUGGCCGUGCCGGGAAUGGAGGGCGAGGGUUCAAUUUCUGUACCCCGUUUGAAAAGCUCUUCCUUGCGCAGGUGGAAGAGGACGUCUACGCUGCUCGUGCCAAAUGAUAUCCCAUUCACAGAGAAUCGACAGGGGUUAGGAAGCAGUUGUAUGCGGGAGUGGUUGAUAGUUCCAGGGGCGAAUUCACGCUGAGGAAACACCGCGUGGUCACUGACUAUGUCCCGAACGUUGGGAACGAGCAGGACCAUACUUCCCUCAGAUGAUCUAAGGAAGUCACUCAGUGCCUUGACAAACACAUCCUGAAAGAUCUGCGCAGGUGACGCGUCGACUUCCCCAUUGAUUAUGGAAGGAUGAGUAGCAUCGAUGAAUGGACCAGUAAGAAGAACGACAUCCGGUUUGGUGGAUUGUAGCGUUUGUAUUAAUGACUGCCAGCUUUUGAAGUCUAAACUUGUAUCCGGGGUAAAUGGACCGCAAGCUAUGCACAUCCGAAACGGCGAAGUCGAGGCCUGCGGUUGUGAUGCUUUCAGCGGAGGAGGCGCUAGUAUCUCCUCUGCAACGAACCAACCGCCGCCACCAUUCCGACCGCGGAGGGCAACAAUGGCGCCAGGGAACAGGCCAACCCCGCCCACUCCAGCAGGAGCUCCUCGUAUCUUGACAUCUGGCGAAAUACGAAGGGGCAUUCUGGCACCUGAACCCAUCAUGCGGGAAGACUCUAUCAACAACGAGGUUUCGUUGAGUUUGGCGCUUGCGCUCGUAGAUUCGGCAUCCAGGACUAUGCGACCGACGACGGUGACUUGCUCCUCUGUUGACGCAGCGGGGUCACUAAAUUCGUCGAUUUUGUAGUGUGUUCGUACGGCAUCCGCGAUUUCCUCGAUUCUAUCGUCCAGAACUGCACUCCGUUCCGACGGCUUUUCAAACAUGUAUCUGUAUCCUCUCUGGUUCAUUGACUCCAUAUCUUUGCGAGGGCCCACAAAGUUUACCCUGCUCGGCCCCGCGACCUUCUCAUCAACCUCCAUCUUCACGUAUUCCGCUUUCACGGGGAUCUUUCCGACUUUGGGAGGACCAUUAAGCGCGCCCGCUAGGCUUCCGAACUUGCCCCCUCGUCUGGCGCUGAGGCUUGCAAAUGCUGAAUUGGGCCUGACGUGCUGGGUCCUCUUUGCCCCAGCUUCGAUGUCGCUCUUGACCCUGGCGCGGAGCUCGUCGAUUCUGUCUAUUGUUAAGAGGGGGCUGAGCGAGCUAUACGUAUUGUAGUUGAGCGCCUCCCAUUUGUAACGCAU